AGAAUGCAUGCCUUUAUUAUUAUUUGGGCAUUACGAAAUGAGUACACAGAUAAUAUGUUUCUGUUAGGCAGAAUGUCUAUUUGUAUUUCAGAACAGAAACAAGAAUUUUAAGUAGUAAUUAUUUUUCCUUGAGAAAUUAUGGAGUGCAUGCGAAUCGGAAUUGUAGGUAAUGGUCAGCAGCUCCACUGGCAAUACCUUGUUGUUUUGAGAAAUCUUACGACCUAUUAGACCUUUCGGUCAUUACUAGUUCGUCCCUACUGGAAUGCUUGGUACGAGUGUGCAAUUAUACCGUAAUUCUUGCCUAGCAAAGUAUGUAUGAACAUUUAUAUACAUAUAUAUACGCUUAUAUAUACAAAAAGCUUUUAUGGAAAAACAGCGUUUUCAACCAAGUAUAUUAUUUCUGGAGUUGCAUUGCAACGUUUCUGUAAAUACGUUAUUGCGAUGACAUUGUAUAGUAAAGAAAUGUUGCCUGCUAACUGGCAACAAAAGGGCUCGUCCGGGAUUUGAACCCGGGACCUCUCGCACCCGAAGCGAAAAUCAUACCCCUAGACCAACGAGCCGAUGUUACAAUUGCACGUUUUUACGGCUCUUGACACCGUGGCCGUAGUGUGUACCCCAUUAGCACGCUAUUUCAUGCAUCGGUAGAUGAUACACAGGGAGGAACAAAACUUUAGGUAUCCCGUAGCUUCUGUAUACUGCUCUCUAACAUGCACCAUCUACUGACAAUGUUUUUCCUUUGAAUCUUGAAAACGCAAUCUUCGGACACGAUUUCGGGUUGGUCCGUCAGAUGUAUUUGCAAAAUACGCAUCACAAUAAAUACGCAUGCGCUCAUCUCAUAAUGUUAGUUAACAACGUGCCAGUAUCUCUUUUCAAACUUCGAGCUCGCAGAGUUUCAAUGCAGAUAUUUCAUACUGCAAUUAUAUAUCUGAAAGAAAUACAACCAUAGUUUACACAAACCGACAGAAGUGACACGCGUAGCUAUAGAAAUUCAAAUACAAUAAGAAAAGACAAUCAUGUCGAGUAUCGCUGUGAUUCGGGAAAGCAAAACACCGUAAAGGCGUUGCGGUCCGAAAAAAAAAAAAAAAAGCAAGAUCAUGUUUUUGCCGGUAAAGUGAUGACUGAGGCAAGGUGGAAUGGAAAACCAGAUUUAGACUCCGAUCACCGUUUGCACCGACCCAACAAUCAUCAUCAUCAGCGGAAGCUGGUAUCGUUCGGCGACAGGAGACGCCCAGAAAAUUAAUGUAUUCUCUAUUGCUUUCCAUAUCGCAAGAACUAGCGGAAGACAGCAGCUAAAAUGUCUGGUGUUAAACGACGUGAUGGGCAGGGUGAUGAAUCAUAGCAAAGAAGACAUUUUCGCGGAUACGAGCUGUUUGUUGGUGGGCUCCGCUGUCUCAACUAGUACUUGAUCGAAAUCUGCGUGAUAUGAUUCCCGUAAACCACUACACUGAAGCCUCUACAUUUUGAACGAGUAGCGUACAUAAACAAAAUGUUCAUUCAUCUAGGUAGUUAAUUCUAUCGCGUAUAAAUUAUAUGGUAUAAAUGACCAUACAUAUAACAAAGAGCAAAGGCCGCAACAAUAGUUUGAUACAUACAGAUUUGAUCUCGUCAUGUUAACUGCACGGUUAAGAAAGAUCAAAGAACGCAUAUAUACACAUCUUGUCGAAUUUAAUAACAAAUAAUUUUAAUAUACCUAUUUUUACAACAGCGUCAAUAGUGACAAUUAAAAUUCAGCUCCACUGGACACUGCUGAUGUAACCUUCGCGUAAAGUGUUUUUCUUUUGUCUAACUUGGGUGCUUUGAUUGAGUAUUAUUUGACCAUUGUCGGCUCGUAUUCAGUUCAUAAGAUGAUAAUUUCUCGUAUAAUUCCGAUUCUAAAAAUGAUAUUUAUAAGAACAACAUGCCGAGCUACCGCCCCCACCGCUCCAUCGGUGUAUAAAUAUCGUGCUCGAAUAUCACUGUUGGCUCUUUCCACCAUCAAGCUUGUCAUCGCGUUCCUUCUCCUCGUUGAUGCCCCUUCCUCCCGUAUCUGCGCCACCCAGCAUCUUUUCGCACGCACUACCUUUUGACAAAUCCGUCCGCGUUCGGUCGGCCGUCUGGACGAGGCGCGCACGCACCAAUACAGACGCGACGGCAACGGCGGUGGCGUCAUCGAGCGUCCAUCAGCUUAGCGAAAACCUACUAUUAUAUCAAUAUUAUAUAUGUACACAUUUAUAUUUGUAUUCAGAUCGAAAGAGUACGUGCAUGUUUGUUCAUGUCGAGUGAAGCGAUGUGUCUGUCUGCCCGAUCAUCCGUCGAUCUGCAAGAGCUCGUUGACCUCCUUUGUUUCUGUUGACGCUAUCCAACCCAUUGGUAGUUCUCCUGGAACAACCUUUGGCUGUUGUCAUCCGCAUACAGAAGACUCGUAUCAUGCGUAACCGCCAGCGUAUGUGUGGGCUAUUCAUCGUUACAGACAUACACACAGACACACGUUUCAGGAAACAUCGCUAGCGAAAUAAUUGUGCCGUUUUUAGAUGAACACUAGCUCGGAGCAGCUCGACUUGGCUGUCGGCACCAUCCGUGCGUUUGACCCUCUCUGCGCGUCCGCCGUUUAGAGUCGACGACCCUUUCCGGCAUUGUUUAGCGCGAAUGAGCACCUCGCCUGCCCUCCUCUCAUGCUGGCGCACACAGACACUCUGAUACACACAGAACGGCAUAAUAUCAUUCUAGUCAUAAAUUUUUAUUAUUAUAUAUUAUUAUCAUUUAUGCACAUCACCUCGGCAGGAGCUGGAGAGGCCAGCGAAUAUGCUGUGCCGCUAGUCGCCGCUAGCAGAGGUCGUCUACGGGGCUGUCACUGCUACUGCUACAAAUAUUGCUAAUUCUAUUCGCACUGAUGGUGUAUAGUGGGCGCCGUAGGAGCGGUGAAAGGCGACUGCAUAUCUACCUCUAUUCAUGUAGAGCAUACACUCACGCACGCACGCACGCACGCUGCUACUGUAACUAUUAUUGCUAACUAUUACUAGCAAAAAUGGUACUGAUGCAGCGUUAGGGCCACAGUUGAAUCUGUUUCACUAUCGCAGUGCCACUUGUACCGUAUUUGAUGAUGACCGUAUUCAAUAGCGAACACAAUGUUUCCGGUGUAGAGAGGUGUCCGUGCUUAUGCCGAGUGCAUUACCUUCAUCCAAGCCUCUGUCUAGCCAGUGUUUAUCCAGAAAGUGGAGUCUAGCCGAGACGCUUCUGUAAUUAGUGUUUUACCUUCGAUGGAUGAGUUACGCAGGACUAUAGAUUGUGUGCAUUAACCUAAAAAUGAAACCGAAAUCGCGCGGGCUUGCCCGUCGAAACAGGACAGUGGUGUGCUUCGUUCGAUUAGCUAUCGAUCUAUUGUACCGCGGGGCUUGUGCCCAAUAGGGUUUUCGUUACGUUUCGUGGCUAACAAUUUACAAGCUACUCCUGGAUAAAAACCUAACUUAAACAUAACAGUGACCGCAGCGUUCUCUUUACAGGUGGAUUCCUGUUGAGCGUCGCCGCAUGUUGGACUGCAACUUCCUUGUGGAUACAAAGAUGCUCUACGCACGGCAAUGGAUAACGAUAUGAUUGUGUUGUGCCCAAAUCGACGAUACAGAUUUGUUGCCGAUGGAUUUGUCGGCUACUGAACGUCGGAGUACUAGCGACAUAAGUGAAUUCCAAUAAUAUGAAGUACGUGCGCCCAUGCAUAUGUGAACCUCAGUACACUUCGCGUGCUCAAAGACUAGAAAUAACCAACAUGGAUACUCCAUCGAUCAGUCUAAACAGGACUAUCUCAACUGUAACAAAAUCUAUUGUACAAAUUCUAAAUAUGGAUGCUAGAUUGCGUUCUACCAACUAAAAUCAAAAUAUUUGAAAUCGCCAUUACGAGCUGUUGUUAAUUUGAUCGAAAUUAUAUUUCUAAAGUUAAUUUUUCAAAAGAGAUACGAAGGUGCAUGAAAGAACCGAUUCGGAAACUUUUGAUAUUGUUGAAAAGAUAGCUUAUUUCGAAAGCAAAACUAUUUUUAUGUCAGGCUCAGUUAGGUGUAAUGAUGUGAGAAGACUUCACGAGCGUACGCAGGAUGCGUGCACUCAGCGGAUCAACGGCUUUUUAGAUAGGCUGUUUAAGAUCAAGCAAAUGAUUCCUUAAUGAAAUUUUCAUCAACAUACUCGAUAUACAAUGGCUGGGUGUUAGUUCCGUGCUUCCUAUUGAGUGAUGACCGAUUUCUACCAUCAUUCGUAAUGGAUCAAUAAAGAUUAUCGAUAUUUUCACGCUCAGUAGUUAAGGGUGUUGUCUUUUUGUUCGGAAGUCGCGUCCAUACGCGUGUAUGUGUGUCUGCGCAGCGAAUACCUUUAAAGAGCUCGAACAGCUAUUAAUUGUACAUCGUUUGCCCUACCGUUUAUGAUAUGUGUAUAACACAAGCACAAGAAAAUUAAUCGGCUCUCCUAAUGAGUUACUUUGUUUAUUUAAGUGUAUCAAUCAACAGGUAAUGUUUCCAUCUAGCGGCUUCCACUAUCAGUCCGGAGUUUUUGCAUCUAUCCCAAGCCGCCAUGCCUCUUCAGUCUGCAUGCUAUGCUACUAUUUUUUUUCUUUCCUUUUUUUUGUUUUUUUUUUUUUUUUUUUUUUAAAAACUCACUUUCACAAAAUAAUUGGCCUUUCCUUGGUUCUUUCCCGGCACAACUUCAUUCUUCCUUUACAUUAUACUGUACAAGAUGCUUGGGUGGCGCAUUAUGAUUCGCCUGUUUCUACAAUGUACCCAUUAUCUUGUUUAUCUGUCUGCGUUCAAUCUUACAGCGGCAUCGAGUGCCUCAUCGGGAGCGAGUGGCACAAGCGAAACCAGGGAACAACAAUCAGUCAUGAGUGAGCUCGACCAGGUCGUGCAAGCUCUUCCACUGAUUCCAAACCUGCAAAAUUUGAACCUCGAACAGUUAUCGCACACACUUAGUUUAGCGUUGGCUGGCAGUUCGGACCACUCCACGACUCCAAGUACAAUAGGUGGUAGCAGCGUUAAACAGCUUAAGUGCAAAUAUUGCGAAUUCAGUACACCGUACCAAGCUGUGCUUAAGACGCACACUCGGAGUCAUAGUGGUGAGAAGCCGUUCAAAUGCCCGUUCUGCAAUUAUUGUACAGGACUCAAGCACAACCUUGAAACGCAUUUAAGGACCCACACUGGCGAGAAGCCGUACAGCUGUCCGUACUGCCCGUACAAAUGUGCAGCCAAGGGCAAUCUAAAGUUACACGUGCGGACCCAUACUGGCGAGCGGCCAUUUCGCUGCAAACUGUGUGACUAUUCAAGUGCGCAAAGCAGCUCAUUAGCUACGCAUAUGAAAACCCACAAUCGAGAGCCAGGUCGAGUUUAUCAGUGCCCACUAUGUCCGUUUGCCGCUUUCUUCAAGCACAAGUACGAUCAGCAUAUGAAGCUUCACCUUCAGCAGGCCCAACAAGCUCAGGCACAGCAACAGAACCAGCAACAACAACAACAACAGCAGCAGCAGCAGCAGCAGCAGCAGCAGCAGCAACAACAGCAACAACAGCAGCAGCCGCAACAUCAAUCUCCUCAGGAGAUUCAGCUGCCACCAGAUUUGGCUCAGGUACAGCAACUAGUAGCUCAGGCAGCAGCGACCGCCACAACCGUCGUUGAUUUUCCGCCGCAGACGUCGCAGCCUUCGUAGAAGAGAGAAAGAGAGGGCGAGAGAGGUAAAUACGGCAGGGGCAGCGCAUAUGCUCGGCGCGAUCGUUUUAAAAAUACGACAACUCUUUAAUCGAAACAGAAAAAUCACUCUGGGAAGAGGUGUCUGGCCAACGCGUAUUAUUCGGUGUAGUAUUUAACAUGCUAUCCACAGUGUUAUAGCAGACACAGUUGACUUCUUUGUUUAUUAUUUUGUUGACGUCAAUGGCUUCAGAGAUGACUUCAGUAGCUCUUGUUUGUAAUAACACAACAUUGUCCGUUGAGCGUCAUACUAAUAGCAAUCUGCUGACCCUUUAUCAAGUCAGUUAAACCUUUACCAAGUCAGUGUAAAUCAAUAAAGUACACACCGGUGGGGGAAAGGUGUGGAGCUAUACAAGCCCUCCUUUCCCUGCUAUAUGAUUAAGGUCUACGUAAUAACUUUUAGGCUAUAUGACCUAACUAGCUCGACUGGGUGUGGUCGCUGAAGGACGUAUGAUCGCCGGGCAAGAAAUUAAUUGCGUUCGAAAAUUCUGCUUUAGCACACGAUUGUCUUUGAUGAUAUUGGCGCAGCAUGUCAACACAGCCGUGCCAGUAGUUGUGCAUCUAUAUCCAUAUAUGAAUAAAUUAUAUUUGUAUAAAUAUAUCCCAGCUCUGAGAUUCAGGAAGGCUACGUGUCUCUAUUAAAAUGUACGUCCCAAAUGCAUCCCAGACGCAUUCUAUCAGACGGUAUAUGAGUGCUAAGCGGACACCGUUCUUGGUCCACUAUCGUUUCUUUCAUUAAGGGGUGUAAAUUUUGAAUUUGAAAUGCGCGCGCCACUCAUUUCAUUGCUGUGACAAACGAUAAUAUGAGGCCCUGGUUAGAUUAUAUCGCGCGAAAAUAGCCCUCCAUAUUAAGAUUGGAGAGGCGCUUCCUACUGCAUCAACAGUUCAAGCUGUGAUCGCCAUAAGGAUGACAGGACGUGGCGUAGAUUAUGAUGUACCUGUUCGGAGCUCACCGUUUCGAACGGGAGCAUCUCAAAGCAAAAUUACUCACGAGGGGUUGACACGACACGUGCAGUUACGCUAGACGCGCCGUCGAUCUUCACGUUUUGUCGCAACGACACGAGCAUCGGAGGUCGCCGCCAGCAGUGGCGUUCUGGGCAGGACGAGGUGUUCGCACCGCUGGCAAAUGGGCACUGCAGCUACUCAAGUGGGGCCAUUCAAAUUUUCAGGUAGGUUCGCCGGCCAUCUUCAUUGCUUUUUCGCAGAGUGUUAAAGAAUAGAGGAAGAUCGAUGACGCUGAGCAGUGGACCUCAUUACCGUUAGGCCAGUUGACCUGAUCUUGCAUCCCUCUGAUGUGACACGCUUGAAAUCUAAUGAAAAUCGUAGUGUCUAUUGGCAGUACGGAAGAGUACAUCUGUGAAGCCUUUCCUCAGCUACUCGAUAUCAAUCAUAGUAUUUUACCUCUAUGUUUCGAGUUUAAUGUGUCGGUAUCACCACUAGGUGUUUGAUCAGACGGCUGGCUCCCAGCACGCAACGAAGUCCGUCUAUGCCCGGGUUCGAGCCUAAGUCACAACAUAUUGGCAGGCAACUACGUUACGCACUA